CCCAGGAAAACAUGCUCGACGUAUAAUCUGACCUGCUUUCAGCCAGCUGGUUGGGAUCCUCAGUCAAAUCAGUUUAUUGAAAUUUAUUAAGUAUGGCAGAUUUUAGCUCCGAUUACGGUUUAUCAUCUGCUGGUGGCUCAGAAAAGGCAGAAAGUGCUGAGCUUCAACGAUUGAUAGCGAUAGAACAGCAGAAAGCACAAUUUCAAGCCCAGGUGCAUAAUUUUACUGAUGUCUGCUGGGACAAGUGUAUGGACAAACCAAGUUCAAAGCUAGACUCGCGAACAGAGACAUGUCUUGAGAGCUGUGUGGAGCGUUUCAUCGAUACUACGCUCACUAUCACGAAUCGCUUCUCGCAAAUGGUACAGAAGGGUGGACAUAUGUGACUUUUCCGAUGCCGACUGGAGGCCAUCUCAAGAACUCUUCUACAGAUCCCCGCAAUUGAUUACUCCAGGCCGUUGGAGAUGAGCUGUGAACAAAGCUGAAUGAAACGUCCACAUUAUCCAACACAUCUCUGAAAGUUUGUCAUCCACAGUCGAGUCAUUUGGGUUGAAGCAAGACAUAGCCUAAGCCUGUCCCUCUGUCACCUGUAGCAAGAUAAAUUAGUGAUCACAGAUCACUUAAGCACAGUAUACAACAAUAAUUAUGUGCUUAAAUAUCCAGCUCCAAACAUAGCCUACCCUCAAAAGUCAUUUAUGUCAUAUUUCUGUUUCAAUGUUGAAUGAGCCAUGAUUAUUUACCACAAUAUUGAAAGUACAAUAGAUAAUAUUGUUAUCUGUGACAUUGAUGUUUCUUUGUUUGUUUCAACUGAACUGAACUGAACUGUGUGAUGCAAAUGCAUUACAUGCUGUACCGGUAUCUUCAAAUGUCUGGCCAGUGUGUAUCCCAUUGUAAAAGUUUCUUUACACCAUUCAGAGAAAAAACACAUGAAAAUUGUAUUCCAUCUCCGGUCUGACUUUGCCUCGUCAGGGCUAUUGAAUUGUGUGGAGAAGUGUCAACUUAAUGUCAAGUGAGAUUGUGUACAUCUUUUAAAAAAAACAGGAGCUCAUUUCAUUGUCAUUUGCCAAUUGCUGUAUGAAUAUGUAAAAUGAUUAAUCUGACAAAGAUGCCACACACACAAUGGAAUUUGUAUGUAAUGAGUUUUUGGGUUUUAAGUAAGUGGGUUAGUCUUUGGGUGUUGUGUUUCUUCUGUUCUAUCAAAAUUGUAGCCCAAGUUUUGCAGAAGUAUCAAGAGUUUUUGGAUAGCUGUCUUUUCAGAAUUCAUGCUGAGUCAGGCUAGGUUCCAUAUCAAGAGAAAUUUAACAAAUGUAAUGAAACAGCCUGAGGGUUACUGUAUGGCAAGGUUAGAGAUUACUGAAAUAAAGAGCAGUGUUUAAUUUUC